AUGGGCAACCACGUGAGCGCGUACGUCCCGACGCACCAGCGGCUGCAUGUGCUCGAGAACACGCCGUUUGCCAUGUUCCUCAACAAGGAAGUGCUCCACGACAUUGCCCUUUGCUUUGGCACCGUCAAGUUUGAGCCGGGUGCGCCCAUCGUGUUUCAGAAGCAUGAGCUCGUCAUCGUCGCCAAAGGCACUGCGGACGUGAGCACGAUCGUGCCCCAGACCGCGCACAAGAAGGUCAAGGUCACUGAAGUCCUCUGCAAGAAGCGCGUCGGCGACAUUUUGACCAGCGUCACAAAAGCCACGGCCAUCAUGCAGCGCAAGUCGUCGAGCGCCGCCAGUUACGCCGGUGGCAAGAACGUCACCGCGAUGCUCGACCUCGUCACCGUGACAGCGGACAAGAAGGAAGGCUGCGUCGUCUUGCGCCUCAACAGAGAGCGUUUUCUCAAAAUUCGAUCCAAACACAUUCGGGACGGCACGUACCAUUUGACGAUCAACCGCGCGACCAAGUCGGCCGCCGACGACUGGCAGCUCAUUUCGUCCAUUGCUGACGAACAAGUUGUCGACUAUCUCGCCGGCGUCCCCUUCUUUGCAGACGUGACGAGCACGCGGCUCCUCGGUCUCGCAGGCCUCUGCUCGUUUCUCGUCGUGCAGAAAGAUGACGUCGUAUGCCGCGAGAACGACCUCGGCGACCGCUUCUACAUCUGCAUCGAAGGCCUUUUGCAGGUGACGGUCACCAACCAAGCAGCCAAACCAACGCUGCACGUCUCGACAAAGUCUAUCUCGCAGCGCCGCCUCGAGCGCCACCGGCCGUCGCUCGCGAUGAGCGAAGUGCUCAUCCGACGGCUCGCAAACGGCAGCUACUUUGGCGAGAUCUCGCUCUUGCUCAACGUCAAGCGCAGUGCGACGGUCAAAGCCGUGGAAAACUCGCUCUUGGUGUACAUUGAAGCCCCGGCGUUCCGCAACUUUAUCAAGGUCUGCCCCGACGUCAAGUCGGCCCUCGAAGAAGUCAUCAUUGCGCGCUUGCUGCAAAUCACAACCAAGCACCACGUGCACAACUUUGUCGCUGCGAUGAAGGGCGAAGAUCAGUGCCGCAUGGCCCAAGCCGGGUCGCUCACCGAAGUUACCAAAGGCACGACGUUCAUCCACGAAGACGACGAACCGAUGUUUUAUAUCGUCUUGAACGGUCUUGUCGAGGUCGAGUACCCGUUUCCGACCGGCAAGUCGUACGUGACGCUGCCGCCCGGCGGCUACUGCGGUGAAAUCUCCGUCAUGCUCCACUGCAAGAGCCUCAUCACGGCGACCGCGGCCGAAGACACGAUCCUGCUCGUCAUGACACCCGUCGCGUUCCAUAGCCUCUUUUCUACGCUGCGCGAAGUCUUUUCCGAGUUUUUGCUCCGAAAUCUCCAGGAACUUGCGCGCAUCGAAGACGUUAUCGACCACUACGAGGCGCACGAAUUAUGGCUCGUCUUUAUCGAGUCGAGACCGACCAACUUUGGCGAAGCAACGCGGACCAUGAUGAACGGACUCGGCCUCUUGGAAGAAAUUGAAGAAUUCGUCGCGGGUUUUGCGUCCAUGGACUUUGACGAGCUCCGGAAAAGCGCGCGGACCAUCGUCAACGACUAUUUAAGCCUCGGGGCGCCCAAGCGGGUGCCCAUCUCGGCCGAGGCAGUGGCGUCCGUUGCCGCGUCCGUGGAGCACCCCGAGCUCGACAAAGGUCUCUUCCGGGCAGUUCGCACCGAGAUGCUUGGGCUCAUGGGCGGCCCGACGUUCACCGAAUUUAAGUCGUCUCCAAAGUUCAAGGACCUCCUCGAGUCGUACGCGUGCGUGCCGGACAUCCCGAGCCACCUCUCGCCGAGCAUGCUGCGGCAGCUCAGCUUUGACGAGUUUUGCCGCCUGCCGCACACAAUUGUUCAUACGUACAGCUGGAGCCACCCGGACCGAAUGCAGUCGCUUCAGAAGAACCGACCAGAGGACUGAAGUGUAGUCGUUACUAGAGUAGUGGAUAG